UCGACGCGUUGUCGAUAUGCGUGAAUUACAUAAACAAACGUGUUUGGCGCGCUGGCGCUUGCAGAGGGUUCAUCAUACGUACGUACAGUAGUCCUACAGGCCAAGUCAUCAACUUGUUUGGCACUAGACGGCUACAACUUCUUUGUAAAGUGUAAUCAACGUACAAUCCAGCUGCAUCUUAUAUUAUCGCCAAACUUGGAUCGAAGGAAGAUCUUUCGUAUGACCCAGCAUGAAUGUGUCCAGAAUUGCUCUUGUUAGGAGUCUUCAAAGAUGGAGGACGAUGCCAUGGCAACACAACAUCCUUCGCACCAUUCAUAUCUCCAGUAUAUGUAGGGUGCAGGCUGAUCAGAGCGAGUACACCCACAUCGUUGUCGGUGCUGGGUCAGCUGGUUGCGUCCUGGCAAACAGGCUCAGUGAGGAGCCAACCAACAAGAUCCUUCUCCUGGAAGCUGGACCUAAGGAUCUCUCCUGGAAGAUCCACAUGCCAGCUGCCUUGAUGUACCCUCUGACCUCGGACACCUAUAACUGGUUCUACACCACAGAACCAGUACCCCACAUGGACAACAGAAAGAUGUAUUGGCCUCGUGGGCGUGUCUGGGGUGGAUCCUCGUCCAUCAAUGCAAUGUGCUAUGUUAGAGGAAACGCCCUCGACUAUGACCGCUGGGAGAAAGAGGGGGCUGAGGGUUGGUCCUACGCAAACUGCCUGCCUUACUUCCGUCGAGCUCAAACCCACGAACUUGGACCAGAUGAGUAUAGAGGUGGAGAUGGUCCGCUUCAUGUUUCCCGGGGAAAGUCUAAGAACCCACUGUAUCAGGCUUUCAUCAAUGCAGGAGUUCAGGCUGGUUAUCCUGAAACAGAUGAUAUGAAUGGCUAUCAACAGGAAGGCUUCGGGUACAUGGACCUCACGGUCCAUAAAGGGGUGCGAUGGAGUGCUGCUAAUGCCUACCUCCGUCCAGCCAUUAAACGUAAGAAUUUGACAGUCACCUCGAAGCUUCUCACAACCCAGGUGCUGUUUGAAGGCACCAAAGCUGUUGGGGUGGAGUACUUAAAGAAGGGUCAGAAAACCACCGCACGAGCAUCUCAGGAAGUCAUUUUGUGCGGAGGCGCCAUUAACUCACCUCAGCUACUGAUGCUGUCGGGUAUUGGUGAUGCUGAUGAGCUCAGAAGGCACGAUAUUCCCGUCGUUGCACAUCUUCCAGGAGUUGGACAGAACCUUCAGGACCAUCUGGAUUUAUAUGUGCAGUAUCAAUGCACCAAGCCAAUCACACUAUACACGGCGCAGUGGAAGUUCCCCCACAAUAUGAUCCUCAUCGGCUUGCGCUGGUUCUUAUUCCAAAGCGGUCUUGGUGCUACGCCCCACUUGGAAGCAGGUGGCUUCAUCAGGAGUCAGCCGGGGGUGGAUCACCCAGACAUCCAGUUCCACUUCCUCCCAUCGGUUGUGAUUGACCAUGGACGAAUCAUGGGCCACUGCCAUGCCUACCAGGUCCACGUCAGCACAAUGCGAGCCACGAGCAAAGGCUACGUCAAAUUGCGGUCCAAAGACCCCCAGGAGUAUCCUGCCAUCCAGCCCAACUACUUGGAAACAGAGAAGGACCGUUGCGACAUUAGGCAGAGUGUUCGCCUUUCUCGGGAAAUCCUGCAGCAGAAGGCAUUGGACCCAUUCCGUGGUCCUGAAAUCCAGCCAGGUGCUGCAGCCGAGAGCGACAAAGAUAUUGACGAGUUUAUCCGCAAGACAGGGGACAGUGCCUACCACCCAUCAUGCACUUGCAAAAUGGGCAGUACCUCUGAUCCGAUGACGGUCGUGGACAGCCAGACAAGGGUUGUAGGCGUAGAGAAUCUAAGAGUCGUUGAUGCAUCUAUCAUGCCCAGCAUUCCCAGUUGCAACCUCAAUGCUCCAACCAUCAUGAUCGCAGAGAAAGCUGCUGACAUCAUCCUUGGCAAGGAACCACUGCCAAAGUCGAAGGCAGCUGUGUACCAACCUGCAACCUUGGAAACUCAACGUUAAUACAUGUACAAGUAUGCCAAAACAUCUAAUGCCCCCUUUACUCCCCAAGAUAGACAUGUAUUCACAAUGUUGAACGUCCAUCUCUUACCGGUAUCAUCUAGCUGUUCUAUGGGGAUGUUCAUCCUAAAAUCUUACCAAAUGUUCAUACAUGUACCUCUUAUUUAAUACUUACAGUACAUGCUUGCACUUAUUCAUCUCAAGAGUACUACAUGUACACCUUGUACUGGAUGUCAACAAAGCCUGCUUGGUUUGGAGAAUUUGUGUUUGUCUAAAUAAUGUGCACCUGUAAUAGCAUUUCAUGUUGCACUUAUUCACCACAGAGUGUUCUACAUUGUACUGUUCUUUGUAAUGGAUGUCCACCGAGGCUGUCUUGUUUUCAGUAUUCACAUUUUAUCUAAAUAUUGUGGCUUUUAACUUAAUGCUGCAUUCCGUUACUAAAGUAAUUUCGGUGUUUUCACUGUCAGCAUGUUCCUUGACCUUUUUUUUGUGUUCCUACAAGUGUACCUUAAAGAAGUUGCAAAGUUUUUCAGCUUGUAAAAUUUGACAUUGCGAUGCUAUUUUCUUAAAUAAAAAUGUCAAGCAUUCGUUAAGAUAAAUACUGUGCAUUUUAUGUGUAUAUUUAUGUAUAUCUAGCAAAUAAUUAAGAAAUUCUGUGCUUCCACGAACCCCUUAACGCCGGGAUUCUUUUGACCGCGAGUGCUGGGCUGCGGUAUGUCCAGAAUGCAAAGCCUUGUCUAGCAGCAGCCCUACAUUGAAACCGCAGGUGCACGAUAAAUAGAGUGUACGUGUGGUAUGCACCAGUCCUCACGCAGGUCCGCGGCUGUAGCUCUCUCCUGGUGUGAAGGGGUUUUAAUUGAUUAAAUUAACGAUUAUAUAGGGAUUUGGUACCUGAUGUACACUUAUUUUGCAUGUACACGCAGUGUAACUUCUCAUGGUUGCUUGGUUUGUACACGUCUCAGUAAGUUCAUCCUUUACGAAAAGGAAUCUUGAAUACCUGUUUUAUGAAGCUUCAUCUCAUGUACUUGUUUCCCCGGAUAAGUGACAUCUGCAAGGUUGCUUAACAGGAGGCGGUCUUUGUCAUCAACGGUGUCAAAGUUCGAAAAAAAAUUGUUUUACCAAAAAUGGGUCGCCAACCAAAUUUGUUCCUUGGGAUGGUUGCACGUGUAUUUAGUUGAUUUCUAGAGCAGCUUAUAAAUCACAUUUUAAGGUAUUUUGUAAGUAUUUCGAUUUCCUAAGAAAUUUACAUUUUGGUACGUGUAAGGUCAUAAAACUAUGAAACUCCUAACUAUUCAUAUACUUUACAAUUAACGCCUUUAUCUGUGCCGUUGAAACAUUUUUUCUUCGUAUUUUUAGAUCAAAGAAUUGUAUUGCAUUGUAUUCUUUAAGAAGUCAAGUUUUAAUUUGGCAUCUGUGAAUUUUUUAUGACGAACAUUCCUUGACGAUUUUUUUUUGGGGGGGAUGUACCAGUAACCCUUCUCACAAUUACUUCAGUGUGUUUGAUGUUUUUAUGAAAUUUGCUGGUACCUCAUGUGAUUGAUUUAACUGGAUUUUAUCGGCACCUUAUCAUCUAUCAAUAAAUCAGUUAACAUAACGGUCCAUUCAUUAACGUGUUAUAAAGGUUUUAACAUGGUUUCCUUUCCGUGUGUCGCAUUUUGAUUCGAUACAUGCCAAACGAGUAACCAAAGGUAAUAUACAUGGAUGUGACUAAGUUGUGUCUAAGUUUGUUGGAUCAGAAGGAUGAAGAAAAACUUUUUUAUUUUAGUUCAUUUAGUGACAUUUGUCGGCUUAGUUGCAGAAUAUGUAUGUUCCUAAUUACCUCAGAGUCGACGGAAAUGUGCAUUUCAGAGAGUGCCUACAUUUUUUAUGUUUUCUUGUGAAAAAAAGUAAUAUGGAAAGAUGAGAAUAUGUGCACAUGAAGCUGCCAAAGUGCUCCAAAGUCCUGCUUUACGCAUGUACAUGUAGUGUCUGAAUGGCAUAUAUUUGACCUACACCUUUCCUUUUUGCCACAGCUACUGUGGCCAUGACGUUAAACGUAAGUGACCAUUUUAGACGCGACUUUACUGGCAAGAGAGUCCACGCUUGACAGUCGUCGUUUCAUUGGACUUGCUAUGAACGCUCAUUUGUUGAACAAAGAAGAAUUUAGUCAUAGCAACAGCAGGGUACCAGCCAAAACCUAAUGAUGUACGUGUGCUGCAACUGGUUCCUGCCCGAGCAGCUUCAUUAACGUUGGCCGUCAAAGAAAUUCCAGCUCAAUCGUUUCACUUUUCAAAACUUGGUUUUAUAAUGUCAUUCAAAUGUGGAGUUUAAUGUUGCAGUUUAAAUUGCAUUGUAAGUUUGUUUUAGGAAAUGCCUUUUGAUUAUUUGACUGGUUUAUUGGUUUCGGGUGAAUUGACCUGGUGUGUAAUUGUUGCAUAAUCAAUGCACUAAACUUAAACUUAUUUGAUCUGAUAUUGUUGGCUGCUUAUGGAUAAAUUAAAAUUGAGCUUAUUUGUUGCUUUAAUCAAUGCAAUAAACAAAUCCAUAUUUAUCUGA